AUGUUGAGGCUUGGAUCUAUACCGAGUAUGCUGGUCUUCCUGACCAUCGCAAAGAUCGUCGUCUCGAAUCGCUGUCUGACGAUGCGCGAAGGUAAAUCUUUUCCCUUCGUUCGGUCUCGUCGAGAGAGGCCGAUCUGUCUCUGUGUGCUCGUAACAUGGAAUUAAUUCAAAGACUUUGACGCUUUUCGACAGAAGUGUAUCCGAAGAGGCUGACCAACGUGGACGGGCAACCGUUGAACAUUAAUUUUGAAAUGUCUCAAAGGGUCACCCAGAGACUGGCCACUAUAAUCAUGAGAAUCUUCCUGACCGAGGUGCUCGGCUAUUCGGGCGUUUACAUCUUCGAGGUGGAGGACACGUUCAGCGUGAACGAAACAUUCGCCAGGCUGUCCGAGUACACGUUCGGUAACGAAAAACAUCCAAUGGUGAACAUGGAGACGUGGAUCCCGGCGCAGCUGGACACGAUGCCGCUGUUGAACUCGCACGACGUAAAGGAAUGCGGAUCUAUCGCCCCGCCGGGCCAUUUCGGUUGGUUCGUUCCUGUUUCGCUGUCGAGGCUCGGCGACAAUUGGAUGACCUUCGCCACGAGUGAAACCGCGGCGCGUUUCGACGUGGACGAGCUGACGUUGGACAACGUUCGAAAUUUCACCAUGGACCCGGUCACCAAGGCCUACUACUGCCAGGAAUCGUUCUGCCAGGACGGGAUGUACAUUCCGGAGCGGUGCCGAGAUAGGCCGUGCGCUCUGUUGUUCGCCGGUCACAGCAACGUAACCGAUUUCGUCAGGGAUCACAUCGACAGGAUGAAGCUGUACGUCAAAGUGAUCUGGGUCGGCCCGGAAUUGAAACACGUGACCGAAACUUUGACCGAGAAUUUAACUUUGUUAAAUUCGACGGCGCCAGCCGGUAAUAGGUCCCUGGUCUUUUUACAUUGGACACCGAGCAGCGUCGUGCCGAACGAGAGGGAUUUCAUGACGAUCGAGUUCCCUCGCUGCGGCAUGCAGAAUUUAGAAAUCGGAUGCAAAUACGAAUCCAACAGGUUGAUCAAGCUGGUCUGGGGCCGAUUCGAGUACGUUGCGAAGUUUGCUUACGAGGCGAUCAAUCACGCGAAAUUCACGCGAGAUAUGUACGAGGAUCUGUUGAACCGGUACAACGACCAGCAAUCUGGGAACGUCGACGAGGAGGAAGUCGCGUGCAGCUGGUUGAGGGACAAUCUGAACUACACCCUGGACGUGUGGAUGCCGAGCAACGCCGACAAGAAUAUUCUAUACGUUGGCGGGAUAUUCCCUAUGAGCGAGACUUUCUAUUCGGGGAAAUCGAUAUUAGUGGCAGCCAAGAUGGCGAAAGAGGCGAUCAACAAGAACGACACCGUCCUGAAGAACUUCAAUUUGAAAAUGUUGGCCAGCGACGGCCAGUGCAAGUCGGACAUGGUGAUGAGAUCGUUCAUCGACUACAUAGUGCACAAUCAGUAUGUUAAGCUGAUCGGCGUCUUGGGGCCGGCUUGCUCGGAAACCGUGGAACCUUUGGUCGGUGUUUCGAAGCAUUACAAGACGGUGAUCAUCAGUUACAGCGCCGAAGGGUCGAGCUUCAACGAUCGUACUAAAUAUCCUUACUUCUUCCGAACGAUCGGCGAGAACAAGCAGUACAAGCACGUUUAUUUGCAACUGCUGCAGAAACUAGGUUGGAAGAGAGUGGCGUCGUUGACGGAGGACGGACAGAAGUACACGGAGUACAUAUCUUACAUGCAGGACAUACUUAGAGACAAUGGGAUUGCAUUCGUGGCGAACGCGAAGUUCCCACGGGAACGGGAGCCGACUGUGAUGACCAAGUAUUUGCAAGAUCUGAAGCAGAAGAAAGCAAAAAUAAUCAUCGCCGAUGUUUAUGAUCAAGUGGCCAGGCAAGUGAUGUGCGAAGCGUACAAAUUAGAAAUGACAGCGGUUCAGGGUUACGUGUGGUUCCUACCUCUUUGGCUCCGACCAGAAUGGUACGAUACCGAUCGAUUCAACAAAGAGGACAGGGAGCAAGUGCCUUGUACAACGAUGGAAAUGAGCAUAGCGAUAAACGGCUACCUUGGCCUCUCUCAUGCGUAUUUCGCUCCUGACAAUGAAAUCAUGCAGGAAGGUAUAACGGUGCGUCAGUGGCGCGAUCGUUACGAGAAAGAUUGCCGUAACAAGAACGAACCAUGGUCUAAUUACGCUGGUUUCGCUUACGAUGCCAUGUGGACGUACGCAUACGCGAUGGAUCGACUACUCCGCGAAAAUCAAAGUUACAUCUAUGAUCUUCAUAGCGAGCAAACUGUCAAUCGGAUGACGGAUAUCAUCGGUGAAACGGAUUUCUAUGGG